UUAUACUUAUUUAAGUACGACGUAUUUGUAUAUUCUAUUUUUUUUAUUUUUUUAUGGCAUCAUCCGGGUUUUCAAGACCCGGUCAAGGAAUUGGAAAAUUCCUUGAAUGGAUUUCUCUGAGCACAAAAUAGAGUGUUUAGUUGAAUAUUCGUUGGUGUCGAAAUGGAGCACCAAGAGUGGUUGGACAUCUAUGGUAAUUAAUGGUAACAUUGAUUAUCAUAGACGGUCGAUAUACUUUUGUAAUCUCCGAUCAUCAACCAAAUCCAUACCAUUAUUGUAGAAAGACAAUAAUGGCUGUGGAUUAAAGUUGAUUGAUUCCUAAGUUGGAACCUUAGGCGCCCCCCCCCCGAAUCCGAUUUAUUUGGAUCAAUAGGGAGAGUAGAUUAUGAUGGUGUUUUACGACGUUAGCAUUAAAGAAAAUUACAACACUAUUAUGAAAACAAUAAUGCAUUUUUUUAGUGCGGUCGAAAGAACACAAAAAUUCUCUUGGCGGGGUCUGUUUGAACAGACCCGGCAACUAAAGGGACUUCUUUUUCGGGUUCCUUUAGUUGUCUCUAUGUCCAUGCAUAAGGAGGUCGCCCUAGCGGGCUGCGAUUUCAUUAAAACAGUUGUGAAACUGAAACGACAUUCAGGUUUUCUGUAUACUGCUUUGUAUUUAAAACAGUGUACAGUUUCCCUUCAGCGUUAUUACGCUGGGUGUUAUUCUAAGAAUGACACCAUGUCUGUUCCAGUUUCAUUGACCCGAUGUGGAAUUCCCAAGAUCAUACCUGCGGUAUUACGAAAACACGUAAGGGCAAAGCCUGAUCAUGGUGAUUAUUUGGUCAGGAUAUAUCUAUCUUGGUUUGGAUUAUCAAAAUAGAUUGCGGUGGCUCCUAAAGUGAAGAAAGCCACUUUCCAAUCAAUUACGACUCCUCACUCAGAUAUUGAUAGUGUCCGUGAAGUUCUUGGAGAAAUGAAAACUUCUUGAAAGAAGCUUCGACCAAUGUAUCUUCCACAUCUCCAAUCCAUACCUCUUGAAAAGGGUAUGAAUUGGAAACCUACCUGGAAAAGUACUCCAUUACUCGACAACUUUGUCCGCCGGUUUCAAUAUUCGGUGGAUGAUGUUGUAGACGGAGCAGCGGCUAAAUAUGUUAAAGAACACAAUAUCUUUGUGAACUUAAAGCAUGAGAUAGCAGCGUUCAUCUUUAAUGUGAAUAAAAUUCAUUCCAUUCAAGAUGGGUUCUUUUCCCCUGGUAUUCUUUGGUCUCAAAGGGUUUUAUACCCAUUUUAUUCUAAUAAUACCAGGUUUGCUAAUGAAUCCCUUGAUUUAUUUGAAAAACAAGUAGGACCCCCUUUCUCUAGCUUAUUAGGGGCCUACCAAGGAGUUCCAUUAGUGACUGGUAGAUUGGCUCAGGCCAUUGAAGGUGGUGGGAAGCGGAGGAUCUUUGCUAUAUGUAAUUAUAUAAAACAAAGACUUCUGCAUCCCGUCCAUAUUUGGGCUAUGACUGUACUAUCAAGUCUUAAGACUGAUGGUACAUUCAACCAAGAACGUCCGUUGCAGUAUCUAAGACUUAAAAGACCGAAGUCUUGUUACUCUUUUGAUUUAAAAUCAGCAACAGACCGUUGGCCAUUGAGUGUUAUAUACACCUUAAUCGAAAUGAUUUGGGGUAGUACUUUAGCAUCUUCAAUAGUCAACAGUUCUUUGGGUCUUAACACCUUUCUCGUAUCACCUCCUAUGGUGAAGAAGAUUAGUGAAGUAGCCUUUCUUACUGGACAACCGUUAGGUUACUACGGUUCAUGGUCACUGUUCUCGCUGUCCCAUCACUAUAUAGUGUGGUUGGCGACUUUGAAGGCUUAUCCGCUACGAAGCACCCCGUUUGUUGAUUAUGCCCUUCUUGGUGAUGAUAUCCUAAUCACCGACAAGAAGGUGGCCAAUCAGUACAGUAGGUUAUUGGAUAGACUCAGUGUUACCAUUUCAUUUGCUAAAUCAAUAGUAUCUGAAAAUGGAACAAUUGAGUUUGCUAAGAGGUUUUGGAUACGAGAUAUGCAAAAAGAUAUCUCUCCCAUCUCUCUCAAAGCUUUAACCUCCUGUAGAACGACUGUAGGCCUGUGCCAAUUGUCCUGCCGAUACUCGAUAGAAAUAUCGACUUUACAAAGGCUAGCGGGUGCAGGUUAUAAGGUCCGUUCUCGCCUGAUGUCUACUCAGUCACCACGAUGGGAAAGACUAAAGGCGGCUGCUUGUAAACCAAACAGGUUACAUCUAUUACCUCUUGAAUUUUGGAUUGGAAGGCGGCGCCCUCGCCCCUCAAUCCUUAUUUGAAGGCGAAAAUAAUAGAUUAUCUGCGUGAGGCUGUAAAGCCUAAGCAGAUACAAAUCUUUCCAAAAGAUUUGGUAUUUGAUGGAGAACGGGAAAUCCUUGAGCGGGCUGUUAUCCUUAAUUGGAUGAAACAGUGGUUGACUUGGCUUUCUUGGUAUCAUACUGUAGCAUUAUCACCAGAUGUGACCAUUGAUCAACUAUUUGAUGUUCCUAUGUGUGCCACUUCUUGGAAACGAUCAAACGAAGAUUAUGAAUUAAUCAAGUUUGGGUACGUUUGGAAGUGUUACGAUAUGGGAGCAGGUUGGAACCUUUCAACUACACCUAGGUGGUUGUUUGGUCCUCCAACUCUCAGUUUUAUAUUGGUUGAUCAAUAGGUAUUUGGUGG